AUGAGAGCUGCAGGGGAUAGAGGCGGAUGGGCAAGGAUGUUGUUACAGAUUGGAGAAGGAAGAUAUCUAAAAGAUGAAAAUGAUUUUAUCGAGCUACCUUCUGCUCUUUAUAGUCAAGAAGAUUUUAUACGUGAGGUCUUCGGUGAAACCAUUGCAGUAGACGACAUAGUGGAGUUAGCGGAUAAGACAAUACUUGCUCCAAAAACAUCCAUGUAG